AACGAUAUUGUAUCCGGAGAACAGUACCGCUACGCUCUUACCAACUUUCGUAUAGCCCACGAGAAGGUUGAGCAGCAACGCACGCAGCUUGAAGAGCAGGAGAAGCAGGUUGCUUUGCUUCGAGCUCGGAUUGCUACUUUGGAGGGCACUUUCACACUGAGUGUGCCAAAGGCGGGUGCGAGACAUGGCGGAAAUUCCGUCGACGACUUCUCCAUCAAAAAUGCCGCCUCACAGCUGGAACGUCAGAUCAACAGAUGGGCAACCGAUAUCCUGCGCACUCCCCCUGCCAGUCUGAACGAUAUCCGCGACGCAGCAUUCACGGACCUUGUCGGUGGUACUGAAUUUGAACACGGUGACGAUGCGCGUCCCAUGCUUGUACAGAACCUUCUGAGACACCUACUUGCUGAGACCAUAUCGGAAGCCAUCAUCAACUGCCUCAUCGUGACCAGUUCUACCGAGGCCAAUAUCCAGCUCACACGGAUCCAUGAACAUAUCUUUGCACGCGAUCCAACAGUCGCCUCGGUAUGGAGACGGCAAACAUUCUCAGCGGCGGUCGACGCCUGCUCACCUGAAAUGUCGCGCGCGAUUCUCGAAGAGCACAUGCCAACGCUUAUCGAACUGCUUAGCCCCGCCGACUCGGCCCCAACGCCCGUCUUCACCGCCGCGGCUGCAGUCCUGGAAUCAGCCUACGAAUUCUCUCGCAUGCUGCAUGGCUCUCCCUCUAGUGCGGGCGACACCGCCGACGCGUUCUACCGCUCGUUCGUACCGGAGCUCGGGAGCACUUUGUACCCCCGCCAGGUCGAGCUUGUCAAGCGAUGUAUGCGGAGCGAACGAGGAGAGCUAGAUCGAGUCGGGGCGACGAUCUUUCCUGGGCUCGUCAAGGUUACACGAGGGCCAAUGACGCCUGGUGGUCGGAGUGCGGAUAACAUGCAGACGGUGGUGAGGCGGGCACAAGUCAUAUGUGAGUGUGCCUUG